AUGCUCGUCCAUGACGUCUCACCGGGACGACGAUACAGGCGACUUGGACAGACUCAACAGUAUGCUGGUACAUUCACCACAGGGCCGCAAUCCAGUCAAAAACAGCGGUUUUAGGUACAUCGCUUUGGGAUCUCGCGCGCUCGAUUAGCUGAUUAAUUGGCUCGACUUCGUUCGCGCGCGCCAACGCUCCUUUCCCUCUCCCCAUUCACUCGCACCACUCGAGUCGGACUCGGCAUUGAUCGCACCAUGCCACAACUCGACGUCACAUGCUUUCACAUCGCUCGCAUGCGCCAUUCAAUCAGCAAGAUGAAACUCGAUUUCUCUCAACUACAGCUCGACGUGUCACCUCAACCCGACUGA